GUUCUUUCGUCAGUACGACUAUAAUACCUAGCUGUCAAGUCUGUGUCAUGCUAUUUUUUAAUAGUUUUGAAUGAAAAAAAACAAACUUUGCGGCAUAUUUUUAUACUGAUUCAUUCCUUGGGCACUGGAGUAUCACUAUAGCUGAUCUUCAAUUAAUUCAUCAUGGAACUAAAUGACAUUCUCUACAAUAAAGCAGAAUAUGUGGAAACGGCAUCAGGUAACAAAGUUAGCAGGCAAACAGUUCUUUGUGGCUCACAGAACAUUGUACUACAUGGUAAAGUGAUAGUGCAGUCAGAUGCAAUCAUACGAGGAGAUCUUGCUCACGUUCGAACUGGAAGAUAUUGCAUUGUCAGUAAAAGAGCAGUACUCCGUCCCUCGUUCAAGAAGUUCAGCAAAGGUGUUGCUUUUUUUCCUCUGGCAAUGGGAGACCAUGUCUUUGUUGGAGAAAACUCGGUAGUUAGUGCGGCAAUGGUGGGCAAUUAUGUUUACAUAGGAAAUAAUGUAGUUAUUGGCCGGCGCUGUAUUUUGAAAGAUUGCUGCUACAUUGAAGAUAACACAGUGCUUCCUCCAGAGACUGUUGUUCCAUCAUUUUCUCGUUAUGCUGGAUCCCCUGGUGUUUGUGUAGGAGAGCUACCUGAGUGCACUCAAGAGUUAAUGGUUGAUUUAACAAAAAAUUAUUACCAACACUUUUUACCAGCUUCUCAAUAGCUGCCUAUUGUUUUGCUUCUUUGCAUUCUUACUGUGCUCAGUUAAUUUGUCUUACAUUAUAAUUUAUUUGUUAUUCAUUAAACUACCCCAAAAAUA